AUGUCAAAAGGCUUAGUGAGAAUAAGACUGGCCAGGUUUGGUCGCAAACAUGCACCAGUGUAUAAUAUCGUUGUUGCCAAUGCCCACAAAGCCCGCGAUAAGACGCCUAUUGAAGUCCUUGGAACUUACAACCCAAUACCCAAGCCAUUAACUCGGAGAGAAGUGAAAAGAGGAUCUGUGCCCACAAAAGAUGUUGAACUUGACUUCUCGAGAACGAAAUAUUGGAUUGGUGUCGGAGCUCAGCCCAGUGAACCAGUUACGAAACUUUUGAAGAAAUGUGGUAUUCUCGGGGAGGAAUGGGGAGGAAAACAUGCGACAAGCAGGGAAGUGGCUCUUCCUAAAAGAGAAGUCAUAGAAUGA